AUGAGCACGAUUAGUCCGUUGCUGAAGGUCGGUCUUCAGUUUCUCGGUGCGUGGCCGGGCAUGCCAUUUGCUACCAUUAACCGGCUGGUUUACAUGUCAAGCAUACUGAUUAUGCAGUACUUUCAGUAUUUAUACGUUUUCGCGCACUGCAAGCCAGGCGAGUUGCAGAACCUCAUGGACGGCUUGCCCCCGGCUUUUGAUUACAGUUUGACUUUAAUGAAGCUAGUGACACUUUGGACGAAUGAUCGCGUGGUUCGCGAAAUGCUAAAUCAUAUGGACACCGAUUGGCGCAAGUGCGUCGAGCGGGAUUUGCACGUAAUGACGACAAAAGCUAGCAUUUCGCAUUUUUGCACGAACGUCAUGAUGAGUUUCAACAUGUUCGUGGGAGCACUCUACUUUGUGGGAGAUUACGUGAUUGGUAUGGUGCAUCUUGGCGACAAUGAUACCUCACGACCGUUCCCUAUGAAGUUACUAUAUUCCUCCGAGGCCGAGCAAUCGCCGAUGUACGAACUGCUAGUCGUCUUCCUCUUUGUACAUGUCAUGUUAAAUACGUAUACGAUUGCUGUUCUGAACGCGUUGAUUGUUACUCUGGUACUUCAUGCGAGUGGACAAAUCGAUAUCUUAUGUCAACAGUUAAGAACUAUUUCCGAGAAAGUAUCCUAUUACAGAUCUUCUGAUCAUACAUUAGGAAUGCUGAUCGAGAGACACAAUAAAGUUAUCGUAUUUUCUAAGAAUAUGGAUAAACUUUUUUCCUUUAUGGCUCUGAUGCAAAUUUUUUGGAAUACCCUAGUCAUCUGUGCCCUGAGUCUACUCGUCAUUUCGUCUAUUCAUAAUGAUACUGGCGUCGGUAUGGUGAAAGCCGCAUGUGCUUGCGGUGCUAUAAUGGUGGAAAUUUUUAUCUUUUGCUUUGCUGGAGAAUAUCUUAAUCUUAAGAGUAGAUUACUGGCUGAUGCCGCGUAUGAUUCUUUAUGGUACAACAUGUCGUCUAAUGUGAGUAAAAGUAUAUUAUUCGUCAUCAUGAGAUCUCAAAAACAGCUGAGUAUCACGGCCGGAGGAAUGGCGAAUUUAUCGUUAGAAGUUUACGCGAGUAUCAUGAAAACGUCGGCGUCAUACGUGUCGGUCUUGUACGCGAUGUACUGAUACACUCAAAGCUACCGUACGACAACGUUAAUCCUAAACGACUUUAUUAGUAG